UUUUUAUUUAGAUUCGAAGUAAGUUAUAAAUUCUACUAAAUAAUAACAUCUAAUUAAAAUGAAUACACGUUAUAUAUUUCACUCGCUAAGCAGGCCCGUGAUUUUGAAUAUGUGUAAAAGGCAUAAAGGAUACAAGAUUAUAAAGCGUCCGGACCCCAAAACUUUAAAAAUGCCUAACCUCAGUGAUGCGCCAAGUAUAAUGGAUAUAAUUAAAGAAAAAGUGCGAUUAAAUGGGCCGUUGACUGUUGCCGAAUAUAUGAACAUUGUUAUAACAAAUCCUACAGAAGGUUAUUACAUGAAAAAGGAUGUUAUUGGUGAGACAGGAGAUUUUAUAACAUCACCGGAAAUUAGUCAGCUAUUCGGUGAGAUUUUAGCGAUUUGGUUCUAUGCCGAAACUCAGAAAAUGUGUCUUGGCAAGCCACUCCAAAUUGUUGAACUAGGACCUGGAAAGGCUACAUUAUUGAUAGACUUGUUAAGGGUAUUAAAUCGUUAUGGAUACAAAGCAAAUGAUCUUAGUCUUCAUCUUGUAGAGAUAUCAUCAACAAUGCAGCUGUUUCAAGCAAACAGGUUGUGUGCUACUCACAGAGAGACAGACUUAGAGCUACCUCAUAAUUACGAGGGGGAAACAGUGAGUGGCAUUAAAGUCUACUGGUACAAUGAUCUAAAAAAAGUGCCAAACAAUUUUUCCUGGUACAUUGCCCAUGAAUUUUUUGAUGUCUUACCCAUCCAUAAGUUUGAAAAAACAGAAAAUGGAUGGCGGGAAAUCCUUAUAGAUCUUGAGAAUGAAAAAUUGCAGUACAGAAUAGCAGCCAAUGAAACACAGUCUGUUCGAACGCUGAUCAGACCGCCCUUGGACGCUGGAGACAGAAUGGAACUCGAAAUCAGUCCCAGAGCUCUAGGCAUCGCCAGACAACUUGCUACUAGAGUAGACCAAUAUGGAGGUCUUGCAUUAAUAGCUGACUACGGACACAAUGGAGAUAAAGGAGACACUUUUAGGGCAUUUCACAAACACAAAAUUGUAGACCCGCUUGAGAACCCCGGUGCGUCAGACCUAACGGCUGAUGUGGAUUUUAGUCAAUUGAGGAUAUCAGCGUCAAAGUCACCAGGAGCGGAGAACUAUGCUGUAGUUCUAGGGCCGGUCAAACAGAUGGAGUUCUUAGAACGAAUGCAAGCUGGUGUUCGAUUACAAGUGUUAAUAGAUAAUGCUAAGACCGACGAAGAUAAAGAAAAAAUCAAGGCAGCAUAUGAAAUGCUGGUCGACCCAAGCAAAAUGGGGGAAAGAUUUAAAUUCAUGGCAUUUUAUCCGUCAGCAAUGGCCAGCAUAUUAGAAAAGAUACCCCCACUAGGGUUCUCAACUCCUUAACAGUGAAUAAAAUGUUAUCCAUACCAAAAUAUUCGAUCUAUGUCUAUAAGUUUGUAUUUAUUAGGAAUAAAACAAUAUAAUAGUAAA